GGUGCUGGUGGCUUGUUGAAGAGCCAUGAGGAUCCUCUGACAUCAGAAUAUAUAAAGAGAUUUUUUCCCCAACAGUAUCACAGCAUGGCUUCUGUUGGUGCUUUGUUAAUGCUUCUACCUGUUGCAUGGACAUGCUCUCCCCAAAAAGCAGACUAUGUUAUGGUGUCAUGUUUCCCCAAUGCUAUCAUUGCCAACGUCCCUGAGUGUCCGUACGGCUGGGAGAUCGACCAGCUGUCCCUGGGUGGAGUUUGCUACUCUGGAAUACACAGUCCAGGCUACUACCGCUUCAUCAUCCCAGACCUGACGCCCAAAAACCACUCGUAUUGCGGCACGCAGUCUGAGUACAUGCCCGGCAAAGAUCCCAAGUACAUCUUCUACAACUCCAUCGUGUCCAACGACACGUCGCUCACAGUCAGAAACCAGCCGGUCAACUACACCUUCAGCUGCAUGUACCGAGCAGCCUACCUGGUAAAUAACGCAGUGUUCAGCCAAAGCGUUUUUACUAAACCCUCUGCUUUUUCCAGAGUGGCUACAGUUUAUGUCAACAACGGGAGUUUAGGCACUUUUAGGUCACAGUUGUCUAUGAACGUGUUCACGAAUUCAAAGUUCCUGUACGCCAAGGACGCCCCGUAUGUGAUCGACACCUCUGAGAUCGGCUCUGAAGUCUUCAUCGGCAUCGAGGCCAAAGGACUAAGUAACAGAUUCAAAGUUGUGAUAAACAACUGCUGGGCCACUCCUACUCCAUACUCAACAGACAAGAAGAGGUGGAGUCUCAUCAUCAACAGCUGCUCCUCUGACAACACUGUGACGAUUUUUGAGAAUGCCAAAGACAGCCGCUCCAUGUUCAAGUUCAACUCUUUCCGCUUCCAACGUCUGGAGAAGGUUUCCACUGUCUGGCUUCACUGUGAGGUCCAGGUCUGUGAUGGAGAGAGGCUCAAUUGUCAACCAGGUCCCUGCUCUUUUAGAAGUCUGUCAUCAGAGGCGGAUCCAAGUGGGGGGAUCCUUACAGCUGAGUUUCACAUUAAAGGUAUUAAUUCCUCCAAUAAUGGACACAUGAAAGGCACGUCACUAUUCAUCCUGCUGGUGGUCCUCAUAAACAUGUGCUGUGAUUUAGCAACCGGAUCAAGAAUGUAGUAAAAACUUGUAUUCGUGUCACCCCCACACUCUCAUUAUCUCACAGACAUUAUUUGUAAUUAGCAUGUUUAUUGAUGCUUUGGAUAAUCUUUUGAAAUGUCACACACAUUCCUUCACUGCUUCUUCCAAUAAAGAUUUACUGACAUUUUUAAAGAAA